AUGCCAGCUUUCCAGGCCCACCUUCCCUUCGUGCAGCCGCUGUUGGAUGCCAUGGUGCGACCGGAAUGCAACUGUUUCUUUCUGACGUUCCUGGGCGCGCGCCCGGAUGGCCAGCGCUACCACACCGACAACUACUUUGAGAAUUUCUGCGGCGGCUCGCGGGCCAGCGACUUGGUCACCGUGGCCUACUUGGAAGCCGACGAGGCCAUGGUCGGGGGCGAGCUGGUCGUGCUGAAGGUGUCGGCCAGCGAGGUCGGGCCCAUCCGGCACGGAUGUGAAGCGCCCGAGCAGGUGCUACAAGUGGUCCGGCCCAGCCCCGGCAUGGUGGUGGACUUCGAUGGCCAGCUGCUUCACGGCGUCCGGGCUUUCCAGGGCCCUACACAACGAGUGAGUGCCGUUUUGGAGCAGUGCCGCCUCCAGCACCAGAUCGCCAGGAAGACUCCACGCUUUAGCGUUUUCUGCCAGAGAAGCAACGAGGAGUUGAUCCUGGCGUAG